UGAGAAUCGAGUUACAUACAUCUCUGGUUAACUGACAAAUUCCGCAGCACCUUUUGUCUCUCUCUCUAUCUCCCAAAAAACACAAGCCUGUUGUGCUGCACAUUCUGUCUCUCCCACUCUUUCACCUACUGUACUAAACCAAGCCCCCCAGCUACACAACUUCCAAAACCCACUCAGUUUUCCGACCAGCUUCCCCUCUGUUCACAAAUGGACCAGCUCCAGCCAAUGUUCCGGCCGCCGAGGACGCCGACGGAGCCGAUGGAAUUUCUGUCCCGCUCUUGGAAUGUCUCUGCUCUCGAAAUCUGCAAAGCUACAGCUCCUUCUCAGGUCUCGGGGAAGAAUUUCGCCGGAGGGAAUUCCUCCAUCCCGGAGAGCAUCAUAGGGGAGCUUGAAGAAGCCGCCAUUCUUUCCGGCAACCCAUUUUCUUUCGCUUCCUCUGAGACUUCUCAACUUAUUCUGGAACGCAUCAUGUCUCAGUCUCAGCAGGAUGCAUCGCCACGCACAUCUGGCCGGCUCUCUCACAGCAGCGGGCCCCUCAACGGCGGCCAAAGCUGCGGUGGCUCUCUUUCCGACAGCCCGCCCGUCUCCCCUUCCGAAAUGGAUGACCCCAAGUUUUGCCGCAUAAGCAACCUACCACCAGUUAACAACCAGUUCAAAAAUGGAGCUCCAAUGGGCGCUAAUGGUGGUGGGAAGACGGUAGGAAGGUGGUUGAAGGAACGGAAAGAAAAGAAGAAAGAAGAGAUGAGGGCCCACAAUGCGCAAUUACAUGCUGCGAUUUCAGUAGCCGGAGUUGCUGCUGCGGUUGCUGCUAUGGCUGCAACCACGUCAGCAGGGGCGGGUAAGGAGGAUGAGACCGUUGUUAAGACAAACAUGGCUGUUGCCUCUGCGGCCACCCUGGUGGCUGCUCAGUGUGUUGAAGCAGCCGAGUCUAUGGGGGCUGAGCGUGAACACCUGGCAUCGGUUGUCAGCUCCGCUGUGAAUGUCCGGUCUGCUGGGGAUAUCAUGACUCUCACUGCUGCUGCAGCCACUGCUUUACGAGGUGCGGCCACACUGAAGGCUAGAGCAUUGAAGGAAGUGUGGAACAUGGCAGCAGUGAUUCCUGUGGAUAAAGGAGGAGGAACUGGUGGUGGUAGCAAUGGUGGUGAGCUUCUUGUGGCUAAGGAGAAUUUUCUUGGCAUUUGCAGCAGGGAAGUGCUUUCCAGAGGUUCUGAGCUACUGAAACGCACUCGCAAAGGUGAUCUUCAUUGGAAGAUAAUUGUAGUGUACAUUAACAGAAUGGGUCAGGUGAUGUUGAAAAUGAAGAGCAGAUAUGCUGCUGGGACCAUAACAAAAAAGAAAAAGAAUGUGGUCAUGGAGGUGUUGAGAGAUCUUCCCGCUUGGCCGGGGCGACACUUGGUGGAAGGCGGGGAGAACUUCCGGUACUUUGGGCUGAGAACCGUCUUACGUGGAGUGGUCGAAUUCGAGUGCCGGGAUCAAAGGGAGUAUGAUGUUUGGACCCAAGGUGUGUCAAGGCUCUUAGCAAUUGCUGCAGAAAGGACUUGCAAGAAUAUGCAUUGAAGGCUUCUCUACUGAGGAAUAUAUUUAUAUUAACUAUAUUUAUAUAUUAGAGUUGCCCUUUAAGCUUAAGUUAACCUUAGAGUUUUGAAAUUGGUUGAGUUUGCUUUCAACUUAAUGAUUUCCAGGUGUUCUUAUUGUAUAUUACAAAAAAAAGAUAUAAUAGCAUCCAUAUGGGGUAUGCUUUGCUAAGGAGAUUGUAGUUUUAGCUUUUGUUAAUUAAUUGGCAAAAGUAAAGUAAAGGGGAAUGCAGGAAACCCAUGUGAUGGAUGUCUUUGUCUUAUUUUGUGAAAGAGAGUAUAAGAAAAAGGACUGUCCUGUACUGCUGCAGUCAACAAAGAGGGAAAAGGAUCCUGUUCUGUGUAUAAACUACAUAUCCCUUUUUGUUUGUGAUUUUCGGGUGUGUUUGGGAGGAAGGUUUGGAAAUUUGGAUGCAAGUUGAGGGA